GAUUUGCAGCAUCACAGCUCCCAUUUCAGCAGUUUUUCUCGCCAUGUCACAGGUGGUGGAUGACACCGUCAGGCGACUUCCACCGCGUUUUCCUCGAAGGAGACUGCUCCUUCAAUGGAAGGUCCUGCUUCUCGUCAGCUUGUUAGCGACAUGGAUGAGAUUUUCGGCCUUCGCGGCCCUGAAGGGGAUCGACAAGGCGCCAGCGAAGGGGCCCUUUCAUGAGAAGGGACAGGUUCUUCCGGGCUAUGUGAAAGCGGUGUUGGAUAAUGGCAUCGUGAUUCGCACGAAAGAUGGACUGGAUGGCUUCGCGCACAUCGCAGAGCUCAGUGAUAGCUAUGUGGACCAUCCGGCAGAGCUCUUCACUGAGAAGGACCAGGUUUCUGCGCGGGUGCUCCGGCAUGAAGAGGACUUGCUGUGGUUAAGCCUGAAGGAAGUGGGAACGAAGAAACUCCAGGAGUUCAAAAUCAAUGAGGAGGUGAAUGGUACAGUCACUGCUGUUUGUCAAGCAGGCGCUGAUAUCAAUGUCGGCGCUGAAGAGCCGGCCUUUCUUCACGUGAGUAGCAUCCAGGACAACUUCCUGAUGGAUGCUCGGGAAAGGUUGCAGAAAGGCGACAAGGUGAAGGUGUGGGUGACAAGGAUUGACUACAAAGGUAUGAAGGUGACCAUGCGUGAGACCCAGCGGGAGCAGAAGACGAUCGCCAAGGGUUUGAAGCUCUCCAACCUGAUACCAGGGGAGGAGCUUGGGGGUGAGGUCACUGGAGUGAAGCCCUUUGGAGCCUUUGUGAAUGUGGGUGCCGAGCAGGAUGGCCUCAUGAAGGUGCGAAACAUCAACAACGGCUUGGUGAAAGACCUCGCACAGCUCCUCAAGAAAGGAGACAAGGUGGUCGUCAAAGUGCGCGGCUUUGUCCGACAGAAACUGGAGCUUGAGCUGGCAGAGACCUUGCCUCGACUACCACCGGUCGAUGGCUUCUUGGGUCUUGAGGAUCAGCCACUGGAUGCAAAGGUCUUCCGACAGGCCGUUGGGCAGGAAUCUGAAUGGAUGAGACCAGGAUUCCCAAUGAAUCACUAGAGUGAAGGCCGAUCCGGGUUCCUUCUUUGAACACAGCCUGGCUUCGGGUCAAUUUGUGCUCCUGGUACUUUCUUUGAAGCCUGCUUCGUAUCAUUCGUUCCACUCCUCUCCAGUGAAGCCAGAAAUGCUUCCAACACUUCAACAAAACACAACCUUCCAUGCAGCGCCAGGAACCGUUCGGACAACUCCAUCUGCCAGGUGACCGGAAGCUCCAACCUUCUCGCGAACUCACCCGGAAACUGUUGGACCCUGUGUGCUCGGAACCUCGGCCGUGAUCGUGGAAGCUGCGAUCGUUGGUUCGGCGCCCUCGGAGCUUCACUCGGUCUGCCAGAUAUCACCCACGAGCUUUUUGGUAGAAGUUCCUCUACCUGGUUCAACAGCUGCGCCAGUCAUCGCCUACAUGAAGGAUGAGUGGAGCCAACAGAUGGAUCUCAAAGAAGGCGACAUGGUCACGAUCCAGGUGACCUAUGUGGACGUGCCGAAGCGACAGCUGUCGGUGGAGCGUGAAGCGCCCCAGGUGCAGAAGCGAAGGAGAUGACGAGAUGUUGCGAAGCGCCGAAAAGCAGCAGCUACAAGGAAGCUACUACCUAUGGCGCUUCCUUGAAGAAGAGCUCGCGCUAUUCAUUUGGUUCCUAGAUUUUUAGGAAAACAUAUAUAUAUAUAUAUAAGUUCCCGAAGAUCUAGUCAUGGAAGCCUGAUCUCGUCUAGGAUGGCCACCAGCAUCCAGCAGAUAACCAUGAUUAUAACACUGCGAUGUUGCGAAGCUACAGGUCAAUCUCUGAUAUCCUGGGAUCUUCAGUGGUGCAACCAUUGAUUGAGUGUGAGAUGGAAUGAGACUCCAACCUGGAGGACAUGCCAGUAGUUGCGCUAUGAACAUGCGUGUGGGCACGAGUUUGAGUGCAUAUGGUCCAAGCAGGCCUUGACGGCUCAAAGAACC